AUGAUGAUCAACGGGGCCACUGCGACGUCCGCGGUGACCGACUCGUUCAACUUUGUCCUAGACGGCGUCACCACGUACUGCUGGCAGGUUGACACGUCGAUCUACUCCAACACGGUGGAUGCCACAUCUGUACACAUCAGGAGCGCCGAGGGCGCCAACUGUCCGCUGGAGCUGUCGAUCGCCAUUCCCUCGGGCGACGUGCACAUCUACGACUCGGUUGACAUAUCGUGGAACGCCACGAAGCGCGUCACGUCCAGCGGUGCCCUCAAAACGAACGCUUUUGGCGUGACCAGUCUAUCUGCAGGACUCGACCGAAUUUUGCAAGAGUACUAUGAAAUCACGACUUCGCAUCUGCAAACGUGCCCGUUCAAUACAAACUGUAAUCCUGUGACGGCCGGGUCUCAGAUGAGCGGCUACACGACCAACACCCCGCUGAACUUCACCGGUGGCCUGGCAGCGUUCGAAUCGUCGGAGCUCCGGUUUGACUCCGCUGGGACUUACACUGUGGUGGCCCACUUGAUCAUGCCCAGCAACGAGCCUUUAUCCAAGCGAUAUGACUUCGCGGUUUUUCUGAAGGUACAAGUGCUUGCGCGUUCGACUGCAGCACUUGCGGACACCGUCGCCACGCCAUAUUCUGAGUCACGUGGAAGGCCGGACAGCUCAGGUAUGUCGACGCAGCUCAUGUGUCUGCUUAUUAUAAGCGGCAUCGUAGUCGCUGCGCUGGCGGUGAUCGGGUUUGUAACGUUGCGCUCCAAGAUCGACCGGGGUCCUGAAGCAGGCACCAACAAGCGAAACCUGAAGCAUGGCCGGGGAAUGUUUGGGUUUUCAGCCACAGGAAUUCAAAGCGGGAGCGGACCUGUUGGUGAUAGCGACGUGGAUGCUGAGGAAUUUGCUAUGCUCAGCAUGCACGAAGCCACUGUCCAUCAUAACCGGGGCAGCACGUACCUUAGCGCUCUUGGUCGAGGACGACGAAGCAGCGCUGCGCUUGAAAAGAAGUGUAGCCCGAUUAAAUUUGCAGGACCGGUGCAAUGUCUGGAUCGCAAAUCCAGCCUCGAUGAGAACGCCAGCUCUAUGGAUGGAGACGUCACACCGCAAAGCAUCACGAUCGAAACGCCUGGUACUGGUCGUGCCAGUUAUACGGGCAUGGAUGAUACACCGAAGAAUGCUCCCGUUAGGCCCUAUACGUUUGACCAGGCCCGCGCUCCUCCUGGCCAAAUUAUGUUCAACGACAUCAUGGAGGACGAGGUGAUUUCAUCGAGGUCGCGGCCGAGUAUCGUUGUAGGCGCUGUCGGUCGACCGGACUUGAACGAUAGCAACGUGUCCGACGUGACGGAUCUGAACCUCACGGCUGUGUCUGAGCGCAUCAAGCAGCACUGCGCUAUCGCCGAACAGGAGUCAUCGAAUCAAGUGAAGCAAGACGUGCUAACAGCGGACGACCUCCGAGAGUCUGAGACCAAGGGACCGAUGGAACUCAGCGACCUUCUUGCUUCAAGAGUGAAGAAAUGA